GAAAGCGUGAACGGUUCAGCCCAAAAGGGAGGUACCUCCUUCGGGUUAUUUCCACCCCACCCUCCAUCACCCUUUCUUGGAGUAGGAAAGACUUCUCCCCUUCUAGGGGGAUUUAGGGGCCGUUCCAGUCACAUAUUUUUGGUGGAAAUAGAUAAAGCGCUGGGUGCACCAAAUACAGUUUCUUUAAGGGCGGAAAGGUUAAGGGCAGGGAAAAAGGAGUUCCAAAGGCCCCUCACCCUCGGCAUCUCCCGCCAUUUCCCUCACGAGUUUCCCGGAUGUAACCCCUUCCCCGCGGCGGUUAAGAGACCAGGCGGCGGCGACUCCCUUUAGUGCAGGAGGAGGUAACUCAAGUCUGGCCCAGCCUCCGCCGCCCAGACGUUCCGGCGACUCCAAGUUGGGUCCGACCUUCGAGGCCAUGGGCGGGGGGGAUAAAAUACCCAGUAGAUCUCCUUCACUUUGCACUCACCAUCAGUUCCAGCUUAUCGACCUCCGCCUCCAUGUUGAAUAGUUGACAUUCCUCAGACCGCGGCGGCGCUUAAGCCACAAACCGUACAAGCACUGAAGGUCCCUAUUGGACAGCUGUCACUCAACGUCUCACACUCAUUGGCUGUCCAGUUUCACCGACGCCCGCCCAUUGGAGACUGGGUAACGCCCCUCCGCAUGAAACACAUUUUUUUGUUGGGCAAAGACACAAAAUGCCGCAGGAGGAUUGGCUGCUGUACACUUUUUUUUCAUUGGCUGUUUUCUCUUCGCCACUUUCAAUUUCAUAGUUAGGACUCCGCAGAGAAGACCUUGCGAUUGGUGCAUCGGAAGAAGCACCAGCCAAUUACACAAAAUCUUCCACAGACACCGUGGAUGGCAUGGACACGCCUUCUUUUCUCUUCGCUUCCCCGCCCGUUUCCUCCCGCCUUCCCCUUAUUCAUGCCGGGAGCGUCUCAACUCUGAUUGGUCAGAACGUGGUGCUGUCUCAGCCAGUCACAAGCCAGGCUUUGCUUCUCUGUGAGCGAAUCGUGGAAAGACCAUGGCUACGAUUGGUCCCUCCUUGACAAGGAUUUAAUUUUGAAAAUUUCCCUGUGGCUUGGGAGAGACCGCAGCGGAGACUACAUCUAAUCCUCGGGCAUUUAGACUAAAAUCAUGUCCAAGUUCAAGCAACGAAGAAGGAAGCAAAAAGCCAAAGCUAAAAAGUUAUUCAAGAAAAAAGAAGCUUCUAGAUUUCUGUCCAAGCUAAUUGCACCUCCUCCUCCCCCAAAGUCACCAGAAAGACUGGUCAUUCCUCCAACAGAUAUACCCAAUAGCAGAAGCUGGCUCAGGUCAACCUGUAACUUUAAUUUUACCAAUAUUAAAGAUGCAGUAAAACUCUGGACAAAUAGAGUGUGGUCUAUAUAUAGCUGGUGCCAGAACUGCAUAGCCCAGAGUUUAGAAGUAUUGAAAGACACCAUUUUUCCAUCCCGCAUCUGCCGCCAAGAACUGCACAGUUUAAAACACCGGUUUUGCGUUUUAGAAAGUGAAUUCUGCAAGCUCCAGGAAGCACUGAAGACUGUCUCAGAAAAUUCUUCUUGCCCAAGCUGUGGUUAUAUGUGUCACUUGAGUGGUAAACUUACAACUGUGCCUGCUUGUGAGCUAACCACCCCUGGGGAAUCCCGAGCUGCACUUCCGCCCACACUGCCCCAACCAGCCAGCCAUCUUCCUCCUCCUCCUCCUCCACCACCGCCUCCACCACCUCCACCUCCUCCGCUGCCACCUCCUCCACCACCGGUAGCACCUUUGCUGCUCAGAAAAGCUGAUGGCAGUAAAUCACUUCAGGCCGGACCGUUAAAACGAGUUGGACCCAUGCAGAUAACAGUUAAAGAUCUACUGACUGUGAAAUUAAAGAAGACACAAAGUUUUGAUGAGAGGAAGAAGCUUGUAGUAUCACCGAAGACACAGAAGCCCCUAGUUACCGUCUCUGACCUGCAGCAUGUUACCUUGAAACCUAACUCCAAAGUGUUAUCGACUCGAGUCACAAAUGUCUUAAUAACCCCUGGUAAAAGCCAAAUAGAUCUACGGAAACUACUUAGAAAAGUCGAUGUAGAGAGAAGCCCAGGUGGAACCCCUCUUACCAAUAAAGAAAAUUUGGACACAGGAGCUGGACUGACCCCAGUAAUGACCCGGGCCUUGAGGAGAAAGUUUCAGCUGGCUCACCCCAGAAGCCCAGCUCAAACUCAACUACCUUCUACAACCAGCUUUGAUGAACAAAACUAAUGUCAACUCUGCCUGACUCCGCGUGAAGAUCUUUAAAGUACACAGAUAAAACCGUUCCAAAUCCUUUUUUUUUUUUAAAAGAUGUAGUAGGGUAUGUAUAAAUUAUUAUACUAAUAUAGUAUAAUGUUUAAUUCCAUGUGAGGAAUUAGGUGUGUGGACCCUACAUAUACUGUGGUACAAUGUGGGUAUUUGAAUAUUUUCUAGUUUGUGUGAUCUGUAAAAUAACCAGAUGGGAAAAUGGAAUCUCCAAAAUGAUAUUUACCCUGGAAUUGUCCAAUUUAGGUUGGAGAGAUAACUAGUUUGUACUGUAUUAGGUACAGUAUGACAUUAGGAAAAUAGCCUGGUCCCCGUUUAUCUUGGGAAGAGUCAAUGGCGGAAAGUAAUGGCCUCACUAAUUGUCUUCCCUCUGUAGGGGCUCUUUGGUAAUUGAAAGGAAAAGUAUUUUAGCCUUUAAGAUUCAUCCAUUUAUUAAGUGGUGUACUUGUAGCUUGAUCAAUUAAAAAAACUCACUAGAUAUUACUUCUUUUUACUACAAUUAAGAGGUAAGGCCAUUCCUCGUCCUAAUUCAACUGUUUCCCAAAAAGAACUUAAACUAAAAAGCCACCCAAAGUGACCUAAAAAAUUAGAAUGUAUCAUUUCCAGCACCUUAGUUAGUUAUAUCUGGCUCAGAUCUGAAAUAUUCCUUACUUUUAUAUCUGCUGUCUAGAUUCAUGCAGAAUUAAUAUAAAUUUCAUGAGGAGUUCAAAAUGAGCCAGGUAUUUUCCAUCAUUCCCUGCCAAGGAUUCCCUGAGGUCCAGAGCAGGUUCUCUGUGAGGUCUAUUUCCUUGUCCACCCUGUGGAUUCAAAAACUGUAAUAAUGUACAUCUCAUGGGAUUUUGGUCCUUCUUACCAGUCUCAGGUUGCCAUAUUUAGCAAAUAAAAAUAUAUGACACUCAAAUUUGAAUUUCAUAUGAACGUUUUAGUAUGAAUAUGUCCCAUUAAGCAGUGAAUAUGUUUUUAGCGUAAGUAAUGUCCCAGAUAUUACAUGGGACAUAUUGAUACUAAAAAAUUAUUCAUUGUUGGUCUGAAAUUCAAAUGUAACUGGGCAUCCUAUAUUUUAUCUGGCAACUGUAUCAGCCAGUCUCCUACAAAGUUGCCAAGUAAAUCUGGGGAGCCCCCAGCUUGCCGUACUUGUCUGCUCACCAGUAGGUAUUACUGUACCUUCAGCCAGGCACAGGAUUAGCUUUGAUGUUGAAAACCUCCUCUGCAGUUCCAAGAAUAAGGAUAACAGCUCCUCAUGGACAGGAAAUAAGGGGAUUCAGAGCUUCACUGGAGUUGCUCUAGUGUGUAUAGCUAGCCUAACAGGAAGCAGCUACAUAGAUGAUAUCCUUAAAAUGUCCCCAGCCUAGCUUAGGCUAAAAAGAUGUUUUAGGAGAUUUCUACAAAUGCCUGUAUUUCCACAGAAUAAACAUUCCUCUGAAAUGCCAUGUACAGCAUUGUUGGAAAGUCACCAAGCUGGAAGCAGACCUGGGGACAAUGUUUAUCACCUAAGAGGUAGUCCUGUUUAUGAGACCCACAUUAUGCUUACAGUGCACUUAUGGAUGAAAAUGAAACAGAGAAGUUAAGAGACAUAUCUGCUUCUAGUAAAAGUUGAGAUUUUUUGUUUUUGUUUUACCUGUUAGUUACACUUAUGUAAGGAUAAAGGGGAUGAUCAUUGAGAAUACAGUGAAUAUUUUAAUAGAAUAAUAUUUUAUGAGGCACAUAUAAUGUUUAUAAUAUUCAUAAGCCUCCAUGUACUAUGUCAUUUAAAUGAUUUGAUCAUUCUUGUGUGAUGAAAGGUUCACAGCAAAAAUGCUGUAGAAAUCCUAUAAACAUUUGUAAAGCUGCUACUGCCACUGCACCAGUAUUAAAGUGUGUCCUGCCUCACAUCUUUUACCAUUUUUUAUACUAUACCUAUUUGAGUACCCUUUGAAUGCUAUGACUUCAUUAAACUAUUGCUUAUCAUAUGCCUUCAAUGGCUACUUUGUGAGUGAAUGAUAACCAGAGAAAAUGAACAACCAAGAUACACCUGGUUAUGUUUUUAAAUAAAGAUGAAUAAAAAAAAAACCUUGGCUUUUCUUUCCUUUUUAAACCCUUUUUUACUGAAAAUGUAAUACACAAAAUCAAGUACACAAAACAUAAAUAUAUAAACUAACAAAUUAUAAAGCAAACACCCGUGUCUACACCAAAAAAGAAAACUAAUGAGCUUGCUAGAAGCCCUUCCUGCCUCCCUUUGCUCGUACAACCCCUUCUCCAGCAAAUAACUACUGAUCUACUUGUUACAAUCAAUAUUUCCUUGCUUUUACCCUGUGUGUAUGCAUCCCUAAAUGUAUGGUUUAUUUUUGUUUGUUGUUGAAAUCUAUAUAAAUGGAGUCAUAGAGUAAUGUAUUCUUAUGUGUCUGGCUUUUCUCAAUAAACAUUUGUUUUUAAGGUUCAA